UUACGUAAAUGUGCAUGUGGUAGGUCGUGAGAUGUGUUUCGUGACUCGUAAACGUGUCUCUAAUAGUUUGUACUGUUUAUGCUGGUUAUUUUACAAGCCAUAAAUGCAAAUAAUAAGCCUGACAUUGACUAUAAUCUUGGUGAUGUGGAAAAAUGAUGGUCAGCCCCAACAGUUCCGUCGGCGAGAUCUCAAAAUCAUCAUUCCUAGAUGAGUGAAUAUAUUCCAAAUGAACUUGAACGAAAUACUGCGCUGAGAAGUCUUGCAAGUCACCUACAGGUCUCUUGAUGCCUCUGGACUUCUUCGAACGUUUGCAUUAUGGUUGGGGACGGCAGCGGCGGCGAGGAGCAGGCGCUGGGCCGGGAGGAGCUGGUGCGCGCGCUGCGGCAGGAGCGGGACGCACGGCGCCGGCUGGAGGCGGAGCUCCAGGAGAAGGAGCUCCAGCUGGCGUGCCUGCGUCGCCAGCUGGACGAGCUGCGAGCCCGGCCGCCGCCCGACGCUGAGGUCCCUGUAAGAUGUCUGGUAGUGAAACCAAGCGGUGUUGUCGCAAACGUAACGCAGGCAGACAGCAUUCCCAAUGCAAAACACGUUUACAACAAAUCGGCAGGUUUUGCCGACAUGAGUGGGGAGUGGUACGAGAUCAAGAUGGCCACGCUGUUGUUCCUCCGAGGCCUGAACUACACGGAAGACUUCUUCCUCGCCACGAACUUCGACGGCGCCGGCAUAUUCGACGACAUCGUGUUCAAGUACACGGCCAGGGACCCGGCGGGGGAGCCCAAGACGAGGAUCUGCUUCCUGCAGCUGAAGCACAAGCAGCGGGCCGUGAUCACGCACACCAAGCUGUUCGGCCCGAAAGGUGCGUUCAGCCUCGCCAGCUACUACAAGUCGUUCUGCGAGGUGAGAAAGACCAUGUCGAACAACCCCGACUUCGAGUUCUGCGGGCCGUUCCCCCAGUUCGAGUUCAUCCUCUACACGAACGCAGAGUCGCAGCUGGAGUUCCCUCCGUGCAAGGGGCCGUGCUGCGCGGAGGCCAACCACAUCUUCAGCACCAGCAGCGAGAGCCAGACGGUGUGCGAGAGUGCGCUCCGGGUGGUGGUGGCGGCCAUGUCCAGGUUCAAGGCCCUGCUGGGGGGCCUCAAGACGCGCCUGGCCGCCGCGGGUCCCGACGACGCCCGGGAGAUCGUCCAGGGAGCGAUCGAUGAGCUGGAGGACACAAUCGAGCACAGGGAGAUGGUGGAGAAGCUGACCAAGCUGAAGCAGAAGCCCAGCAGGGACGAGGUGGACAAGCUCAUCAAGGAGGUGGAGCAGUGGGGGGACCUGUCCAAGUACCCCGAGUUCCUGCGCCAGUUCAAGAUGCUGACGAGCCAGGCGAGCGAGAGCCAGCUCGACAAGCUCAUAAAGCAGGAGGUCGUGCGUAUGUUCCAGACGCCGGAGAUGGAGACGGACCUGAUUUUCGCGGACUUGAAAGAGAAGAUGCAGAACUGGUGGAAAGAUGGGAAUACCAAUUACUAUCUGACAAAGUCUGCACAGCUGUGGCUGGAGAUGAUGAAGUUGAGGGUGUUGGAGCUGUCGAUGAGCGAGAUGAAGAUGUUGCAGUCCCUGGACGUGAAGUACAGUGAAGACAACGUGUGUGUGCUCAGCUCCGCCAUACAGCAGAACAAGGUUAUCAAUGUAUUUGCCUCGGGCAAGUCAACGAAACUGACGUGUCUCAAGGUUUACCAAGCAAUGAAUGCAGUUACCAAAGAUGAUUAUUUGUUUGUGAGUCUUAGUGCGUGUCUGUCUCGGCAAGGUGAAAUUAUCUCUGUGUGGCAGAGCGCAUGGUGUGAUUACCUCGUCAUUGAUUGUGAAGUGACUGCAGAAAAUUUGAAGUCACUAUUUGACAUUUUUGCCAAAAUUCUUUAUGAUUAUGAGACAAAAAAGAUUGUCUUUGUCACAUUGCCUUCUGAUGUUAAGCUCUCAAAUGCCAUUGGGUACUUUUUCAGAGAUGUGGACAUGAACAUUGAAAUUCACGACAUGUUCAAACUCACGUGCUUGGAGGAACAGUCUCAAAUGUUGUUAUUAAAGAAAGAUGUAAACUUUCAAGGUUUUGAUGUCCCCUUGGGAAAACUGAUUGGCCAGCACCUGGAACUGAAAGAAGCAGUUUGCACAGAAAUUAUAGACAAGUUUCUGAGUGGGGAGAAGCUGACUAUUGGGGAAGAGCUACCAGACGUUGUUGAAUAUUAUGUCUCUCGAACUUUGCAACGCCAGCAUUUCAUAAAACAAAGUAUAUUAAAAACUGAUGAUUCGGGAGUAGCGUUUGCGAUUAGUGGUGCUAAAAAGGAGGACAUACAGUCUCUCAUACCCCCUCGUGAAAUAAUAACAUAUUACAGAAGUCACCAUCGUCUACCAAAGAAAGUCAAGUGCAGGUACUUCCUUUUAGAAGGCUGUGACGAAAGUACUGCCUUUGCAGAGUUAUGCGAGAAGUUCAGUGCUAUCCAUUGGCUCAAGUACGAUAAUGGGAAGUUCGUGUGGAGGCAGUCUCACGGAGACCUGCUGACAUUGCGCAAGUACGUGAUGAAGGAAAACAUCUCGUACGAUCUGGACUCCCUCCUGACGCUCCCAGACAGGACGGUGGUGAUAGUCGCAGAGCCGGGAAUGGGCAAGUCCACGUUUCUGACAUACGUAGCGAAGCAGAUAAAGAAGCGUGACCCCUCUCUGUGGGUGCUGAAGGUGAACCUGAACGACUACACGUGCUACCUGAACACGAUCCAGUUAGAGCAGCUGCAGGAUGGAGCUUUGGAGUUCCUGGAGCUGGUGGCGAGCGUGAACUCACAGAGCAAUGCCGAGCUGGUGAGGAUGCUGCUCAAGUACAGCUACCUGUUCACCGGCCGGCUGGUGAUCCUGCUGGAUGGCUUCGACGAGGUCUGCCCCAACUACACGGACAAGGUGAGCAAGCUGCUGGAGCUGUUCAUGGCCUCCAGGAUCAAGCGCUUGUGGGUGACGUCGCGGCCCGUCAUGCAGACCAAGCUUGAGCAGGAGUUGUACUCCGUGCCCUUUACACUGAAACCCUUCACCGAGAAGGAUCAGACGGACACAUUGAAGAAGUUUUGGAAGGAGCUGAUCGUCGACAACGAAAGGGCGGACAUGUUCAUCAACCAGCUGUUGCACAGGACGGCACAGUUCCUUAAUGACAAAGACAAGUAUUUUACUGGCAUCCCGUUGCAGACCCUGCUGCUAGCUGAAGUUUUUGAAAACGACUUCAAGAUGUACCAAGAUUCCAAGCAGUUUGACUUUGAGCAGGAGUGUGAUUUGUUCCUUCUCUACGAUCGCUUCGUCGAGAAGAAGUGGGACGUAUAUCUUAGUGAAAAGAAAAAGGAAGACACGUCAAAUAUCGGCGUCAGGCACGACAACGAAGACCUGAAAAAUAUUUUCAUGGGCAAUCACAUGAUGGCUGCACUGCUGCGGAUCCUGUCUCCCAGGGACCUGACUUCCAUGACGUAUAGCGACCUGAAAGUGAAAGGCAGUCGGUUCAUCGGGAGGAUAGAGCAAGGCUACGAUCACACAGGAAUCAUUCUUGGAAUCACAGAUGGCGUGCCUCGCUUUGUGCAUCGCACAUUUGCCGAAUACUUCACAGCAAAGUGGUUUGCGUUGAACUUUUCUGAGAACAGGGACUUCAUUGAGCAUAACUUCUGCGAGUCCUCAUACGAAGUUGUCAAGAGUCUGUUUGACAGGAUCUUGGCCAACGAUUUCGAACUGCACGUGGCAGUUUUGCGAAAUGAUGUCGCUUCCAUUAAACAUUUGCUCAACAGCAGUGUUGAUGUGAACGUACGUGAUCUCGGUGGGAGAACCGCCCUGCACCUGGCGGCCAUGAUAAAACAUGGCAGCGAAAUUGUUGACAUGCUCAUUCAGCACGGAGCGAACGUCAACAUCCUGGAUGAAGUUUUGCUGUGGACGCCACUGCGGUACGCAGAUAAGCUGAGAGCCUGGUCCGUGAUCGGAACAAUACUGCAAAACAAAGGUGACUUCAAAGAUCUAGUGUUAACGAAGCAGACUUCAUCAGAUGGUGACUACAUCAUAUCGGCACUACAUGCAGCUGCCAAAGGAGGUUACGUUGAGCUGCUUACCUUCUUGUUGUACUCCGACAAGUACACCAACGUUACCCUAGACAGCGACAAGUGUUGUCUUUUGCACGUGGCGGCCCAGUAUGGUAGGAAAGGGGUGCUAGAGCUCCUUUUAAGCAAAGGGGCCAACAUUAUGAGCAAAGAUAAAAAUGAAAGAACAGCGCUACAUUUUGCCAGUAAAAAUGGCCACCUUAACAUUGUUCAGUGCCUUUUAGAUUACAUGAAGAAGAAGGAAUUUAUAAGAGAUUCCUACAAGUUCAGGAAUUUAUUAAUAGAUGGCUUGAAUGCUCAGGAGAAAGAAGGCAAGACACCUUUGUUCAUAGCAGCAGAGUUCAACCACCUGGAAGUGAUCCAAUAUUUGGCGGAGAAAGGUGCGGAUGUGAACAUUUGCUCCAGGGAUGGCUACUCACCGCUGUAUGUGGCGCUCUUGAAAGGAAACAUGGAAAUAGUUCAUUUCCUGAAAGACAAGGCGCUCGUUGACACGGGUACCUCCAACGGUUGGACCUUGAUGCAUACCGCCGCGACAAACGGACACUUAAACGUGAUCGAGCACUUGAAAACGAUAGAUGCGGACGUGAACGCGUGCAACAAGUACGGGCAGACGCCUCUACACAUCGCGGCCAAGAAGAACAAGGUGGAUGUGCUCCAGUACCUGAUAAAGGAGGGUGCAGUGCUGGAUGUGCAGGACACGAUAUUCGGGUGGACGGCCCUGAACUACGCCAUCAAGGAGGAGCACCAGGACAUCGUGCAGCACCUGCUGGAGGCCGGGGCGCGGCUCCACAUCCCCGGGGCGGGCGACAAGCCCCUCGAGCAGAGCUUCCACUACAAGUGCGACUGUUUCUCCGCGUCCCCGGAGGACGACUCUGAGCCGGCCGUGCACAAGCGCCUGAGCAGCUGGGCCCCGCUGUUCCUCGCCACGUGGCACGGCUACCUGAGCAUCGUGCAGGCGCUGACGGCCAAGGGGGCGACGCUGGACGCGUGGGAGGCGACCACGGGACGUACGGCCCUCCACAUCGCCGCGGAGAAGAACCACGUGGAGAUCGCCAGGCACCUGAUCAAGCAGGGGGCCAGCAUCGACCAGCCCGGGGCGCUGGACGGCAAGACGCCGCUGCACGUGGCCUCGCAGAAGGGGCACAUGGAGAUGGUGCAGCUGUUAGUCGGGGAGGGGGCGGGACUGGAGGAGCGUGACCGCAUGAACGGCCAGAGUCCGCUGCACUACGCCGCGUGGUGCUGCUACGACAGGCUGGCUCUGUUCCUCAUCGGCAGCGGGGCAGACAUCGACGCCACGGACCGCUCGGGCUGGACGCCCCUGCACAUCGCCGCCGAGAAGAACCACCUGGACAUGGUGGUGCUGCUGGUGGACAACGGGGCGGACGUGAACGCCCGCACCAAGACGUACGGCUGGACGCCGUUGCACUACGCCGCCAAGUACGGCCGCUCCGACAUAGUGGAGUUCCUGGUGCGGCGCGGUGCGCUCCUGGACGUUCACGACACGAUGCGCGGACAGACUCCGCUGCACAUCUCGGCUGAGAACAGCCACCUGCACGUGGUCAGACUUCUGAUAAACGGAGGUGCCAAGGUGAAUGUUUACGACAGCAAUAACAUGACGCCUCUCGACAUAGCAGAGGCGCAGAGUGAUGUUGAGAUUAUUACAUUUUUGAAACCUUUUGCCGACUCAUCAGAACCCUAAUUUAUUGUUUUUAUCAUUAUUUUAUGCCUUUAUGCAGAGUAUUGUGCUAGUGAGAAGUAUUAUCUUGAGAUUUUAGUAUUCUGCUGUACUUAAACUAGGUAAUUUACUCAUUGUUGUUGACUCACUGAAUUUUUUAAAAUUUUGUAGCACAGACUGUGAUUUUACUUUUUUAAUUAAAUUUUACAGAAUGUUUUUAUGGCAUUUGUGAAUAGUAUUAAAGAUGUGUUGUGUCCUUUGGAAAAGUUUUACCGUUUUCAUAAAUGACAAUAAAUUAUAUAUAUUUUUGAAAAUAAAAUUUUUAGAAAUUU